UGUGUGUGUGUGUGUGUGUCAAUAUGUGAUGCUCACCUAGUCCUCUUAUUUUGAGUAAUGAAAUGCAGCCCUUUUUUCAGGAAUGUAUGGACAAACUGAACCUCAGGAACUUGGUGUCUAUUUCAAUGGAUGGGCCCAAUGUGAAUUGGAAACUCUUCGACCUUUUCCAGAAAGAUCAAGCUGAGCAGUACGGAGGUCUUCAGCUCGUUUGUGUGGGAAGCUGUGGCCUACACACGCUACACAACUCCUUCAAGUGUGGGUUCACUGUAUGGCAGCUGGACAAAUUGCUGAGAGCAAUGCACACAUUGUUUCACAAUACGCCUGCCAGGAGAGAGGAUUACAUCACCGUAACCAAGUCCAGUGUGUUCCCUCUAUCUUUCUGUGCCCAUCGUUGGGUAGAAAACCUUCCGGUUGUGGAGAGAGCCCUGGCAGUCUGGCCAUCACUUCUCCUGUACAUGGAAGCUGUGAAAACAAAGAGACUCCCGAACCCUGGAACAGCAUCAUAUGACACACUUGCAGCAGCCAUAAAGGAUCCACUCGUCUUGGCCAAAUUGCAGUUCUACGCAGCAAUUGCCAGGACCUUCAAUCCCUUCCUGAAAAAAUAUCAGACGGAUGAGCCUGUGCUCCCAUUCCUCCCCAAGGACCUGACCGAGUUGAUGAUGAGUCUACUCAGACGCUUCAUAAAAAGAGAAGUACUACACGAUAUCACUGCCCUGCAGCUGACCAAACUGGAUGUCACAGACAAGACCAUCUGGCUCAGCCCACAAGACAUCAGCAUUGGUCUAGGUGCAGAGUCAGUCCUUAAGAGAAUCAAAGGUGCAGAACUCAGGGUGCUCGAGUUCAAGAGAGAGUGCAUGCAGGGACUGAGUAACAUGAUCAAGAAAGUGCAGGACAAGAGCCCCCUCAAGUAUCUGACUGUUAGGCAGAUGGUGUGCCUGGAUCCGUCAGUAAUGUAUAGAGAACCAGAUAGAGGCAGGAAUCGCAUGAAAGGGCUGGUUCAAAGGUUUCUCCAGGACAAACAGCUUACUGAUACUUCUUUGGGUAAGAAUAAGGCAAAUUAUAGGCUACACAUGAAUUUAUCCUCAAUCUACUUUGCUGGUAAUGCCCAAUGA